AUGCCAAAAGAGAUUGAGAUGAAUGAAGCAGAUGAGGCAAAGAGACCACCUGAUCUUCGAGAUACUGAUUCUAAUUCUUCACCAAAUCAAGUAUACAAGAUUAAACAAAAUUUAUCUUCAUCAGAGAAAUGGAGUGACGAAGUGUUCUUGACGUAUUUAAAUGAUGAGUUUGAAUGGGAUUGCAAGAUUGCUAAUACUGGGACCAUGGAAGAAAGAAUUGGGGAUGAUGAUAUUCCUUCCAUCGACUUGGAUCUAGAUACUAGGCGUAGAUUGAGUCAACCAUGGAAGCAAUGUUUAAUUAGCAAUGUUCUCGGUAAAACAGUGGGUUUUAAGUUCAUUCAAGAAAAAAUGAAUGCUCCGUGGAAACCCAUUAACCAGCCUACUGCUUGGUUCCGUUUUUGUUCGCGGGUAUCCGGAGAAUUGGCUUUAAUCAGUUUGGACCAUAAUGAAAUAGAAAAUGAUCCCAACCUCAUCGACAAUGACCGUGAAGAAGUGCCUAACAUAGUUGUCAGUGAAAAUGAAGAGAUUUUUGAUAGGGAAGAUGAUGGUAGACUUGGUAGUGAUGACGUAGAAUAUAGGGAUGUUGAACUUGAAGCUCCACUUCCGCUCCCCCAAGUACUUUUUAAUAUAUAUGAUCGUAGAUAUUGGGAAAAUCUUGACACGGUCUCUAGAGAAAUUUUAGUGAAAAAUGGUCCACUUAGAGACAAGAAUAUAAGAAAAGGCCCCAACGGAUAUGAUAAUGGGGCUAAUAUGAGUGGGUGCAAAAAUGGUAUACAAAAGAAGUUGUUGGCUGUGAAUCCAAGAGCAAUGUAUACACCUUGUGGGGAUCAUUGUUUAAAUUUAACACUUCUUGAUAUGGCAUAUUCUUGUAAGGGAGCUACAGAUUUUUUUGAAACAUUGAAUCAGAUUUACAAGAUUUUUUCUGCAUCUACAAAACGGUGGGAUAUUUUCAAAGAACAUGUGAAAGGUUAUACCGUCAAACCAUUGUCGGAUACGAGAUGGGAAAGUCACAUUGAAAGUGUGAAGGCAUUUAGGUUUCAAGUUCGAAAAGCAUUACUUAAAGUAGGAGAUAAUGGUGAUGACAAGGAUACUGCAGCUAAGUUUAAAGCAAAAAACUCAGCAAAACAUAGUGUUGAAAAUUUUGAGUUUUUAUUAAGCAUGGAGAUUUGGGAUGAUUUGUUAAAUGUUGUAAAUUUGGUUAGUAAAUCAUUGCAGUUUAAGGAUAUGCUUAUCGACGAUGCUAUGCGCCAAGUGAAAGGACUUCUAAAAACACAAUUUUUUGAUGAGAUUGGAACUUGUGAGGAAACAAUUCAAUCAGCUGAAGAAUCUUUCCGAACUAAGUUUUUCUUGCAGAUUGUUGAUCAAGCAAUUAGUUCACUUGAAAGACGGUUUGAGCAAUAUAGAGCAUGUGACGACAUAUUUGGUUUUUUGUUUAGUUUGGAUACUUUAAACUCAAUGGAUGAUGAUCAGUUGAAAGCUCGUUGUGAUAAUCUUGAAGAUGCUCUAAGACACGAGGAAGCGUCGGAUAUUGAUGCAAACGAUUUGUUUGCCGAGUUGAAAGUUUUAGGUGAAGUAUUACCAAGGGAAAUAACCACAACAGUUGGUAUAUUUAAUUUCUUAAAACAUCAAGGUAGCUUUCCGAUUACAUCUAUUACGUACAGAGUACUCUUAACAAUUCCAGUUACAGUGGCAUCGGCAGAAAGAAGCUUUUCAAAAUUAAACAUACUGAAAUCGUUUUUGCGUACUACCAUGGCUCAAGAAAGACUUAAUGAGCAUAGUCUUCUUGACGACGUUGAUAUUGAUUCCUUAAUUGAUGAUUUUGCAGCAGUGUAUUCAAGAAGGCUAAAUUUCCGCCGAUGA